ACUUGUUGGAUUCUGUUGGAAUCAAAUCAAGCCAGUUUUAAAAAAUAAAAACCUAAUUGACGGAAAUACCCCUAGAAUGUUUUUUACAUGCUUCCGAUUUCUUCGCCUGUUCUGUAACGUUUUUUUUAAUAUCGGUGAUGAGAAAAGGAGUUUGUUCUAUUCGGAGUGGGCCGACUUUGAAAUGAUGGGCCUAAAAUAUUUGUUGGCCCAUAUCAAUCUAUAUAUAUGGAUCGUGGGUUUUUCAAUGAGGGGGGCAAAUGAAAAUGACGGAGAAAGUUAGGGAGUUUCUCCAGGUGAGCGAACAGGAUAACGAGGCCGAGUUCCGAGUCGACCGAGUCGGAAAAGGCAGGAGCUUCUACGAGGAUUUUAGCUUGAGAGGAAUCCGAGUGGACCGAGUCGAGCCUGGCUUCGUCUCCUGCACUCUCAAGGUGCCUCCUCGUUUAACGGACAGAAAUGGGAAUAUGGCGACAGGUGCAAUAGCGAAUCUUGUGGACGAGGUGGGAGGGGCUGUUGUCCAUGUGGAAGGCCUACCCAUGAACGUUUCGGUGGACAUGUCCAUCUCCUUUCUCUCAUCAGCAAAGCUUGGUGACGAACUGGAAAUAACGUCGAAGGUGUUGGGGGAGAGAGGGGGUUACAAAGGGACGAUAGUGGUGGUGAGAAACAAGCUGACGGGGGAGAUUAUUGCUGAAGGCCGCCAUUCUCUGUUUGGUAGAAAACCCAGCAAGAUCUGAACCCAAUACCCUCUUUUAAGCUAGAUCGUUUUAACAUGAUGGCGAACGCCCUCUGUUCUCGCUAGUAUUGCCCUUCACUCAGUUCAAUAAGGCCGGGCAUCUGUCUCUCCUCUGGCUUCCGAAUCUCUGAUGUUUCUGUAUAGAUAUGCGCGUAAAAUGAUCCCUUUUUUGUUA